AAAAAUCACUUUUUCUCAACUCUGUUUUAAUCUCAGACUUGGCAGAUCGGUCGGACAUGCAGAACACAAAGUCCCAGUCUGAAAAGCCUGUCAAUGGCCAAGGAAUUCCAGAUCCUACGGAACCCGGCUCGAAUGAUAUAGAUGAACGAACCACUCAGGAUUACAAGACAGCCAUUGAGCGCAGCAAAGCCUUUAGCGGUGAUCGACUUCGCCGCGCACGACCCAAGAAAGCAAAGGGCGACAACGAAAGCUCGGAAGAGGAAGAUGUUGACAUUUCCUGA